CUUCACCAGUUGAGCCAAUCACCGCUUGAGCCCGCCCUCCGUCACCGGAAGGAGGCGUCACCCGGAGCAACUACAACGACAGGCUGAGUUCGGCGGCGGGAAAAGCCAUGAGUAAAGGCCGGGCAGAAGCUGCGGCGGGAGCCGCCGGCAUCCUCCUGAGGUAUCUGCGGGAGCAGAACCGGCCCUACAGCGCCCAGGACGUGUUCGGGAACCUGCAGCGGGAACACGGACUGGGCAAAGCGGCGAUGGUGAAGGCGCUGGAACAGCUGGCCCAACAAGGCAAGAUCAAAGAGAAGAUGUAUGGCAAGCAGAAGAUCUAUUUUGUCGAUCAGGAACAGUUUGAUAUAGUAAGUGAUGCUGACCUCCAAUGCCUGGAUGCCAAAAUCGUGGACCUCACUGCUAAGGUGCAGAGCUUGCAGCAGACCUGCCGCCACAUGGAGGCUGAGCUGAAGGAGUUAGCUAGUGCCCUGACCACACCGGAGAUGCAGAAAGAGAUUGAAGAGUUAAAGAAGGAGUGUGCUGUAUACACAGAGAGACUGAAGAAUAUCAAAGCAGCUACCAACCAUGUGACCCCAGAAGAGAAAGAGCAGGUAUACAGAGAGAGGCAGAAGUACUGUAAGGAAUGGAGGAAGCGGAAGAGGAUGGCAACAGAGCUGUGUGAUGCAAUCCUUGAAGGAUACCCCAAGAGCAAGAAGCAGUUCUUUGAGGAAGUUGGGAUAGAGACAGAUGAAGAUUACAACGUCAACCUCCCAGACCCCUGAGGCCCUCUGUUGGGACUGGGGGAUGGAAACAAUGAUGUUCUGGACUGGCUACCUUGUUUAGGUUGGCUUUUGUUAUGGUUGUU